AUGCAUGAUCAGCAACCUUCAAGUAGCAGUGAGCUACAUGCCAACGACAAUGAGGAUCCUGCCCCUUAUCCGCAGUGUCAUCAGGGCGAUCCCCUAGCUGACCAUGAUUUUUCCGAACGGCCCGAUCUGGCCUCUCUGGGCUUCUAUGAUCACGAGAGGUAUCCUGACGGAGACGCUUGGGCGGAUGGAAUUGAGGACGUGGACCUUCUUAGCUCUUUCCCUUUCUCCACCUUGGUGACGGAAUCCGCUAGCUUUGUAAACCCAACUUCCUUUUCGACUGUACAGGUUGAUGAUCAACCCAAUUUUGACGAAUUAUUUGACACGGUCAAGACUGCUAGUGCGGCCAAUGGGGUAGAUUCAUGCCCUACCCUAAGCCCAGAUAUUGUCGAAUACCCCUGGGCGGAUAUAAACAUCUAUCAGGGUGGCUUUUCCACGCCGGAUAUUGACAGCUGGCCCAGUCCUUGGACAACCAUGACCAGCGAGCCAGAAAGCGCUGGUGCUUCGUCUCGUUCACAGCGAGGCAGCCGGGGCAUUCAACCAACGUUCGUACCCAUAUUGCCUAAGCCGGGCCAAAACCUAACGCGGCCAGAAGAGCAGUCAACAUUCUCGUACAAACGUCAGUUCAAUAAAUGCCCUGCACGGUUUCCUGACGCUAAAAAUCGAAAGAUUCACGAAGACAAGGCACAUGGUUACUUGAGAAAGGCUGGUCGACCCCGUAACCGCGACAGGCCACUACCCCGGUCCGCCUCGUGA